ACUGCCAGGGAGUAAGCAGCUGCUCUCCUCUCCGAGGGCCCGACGGAGACCAACAGACACACUGACUGCCUGACACCCAAGGCUGCCAACUAGCCAGCCUGUGCCCGGCUGCUUGCCCUUCCCAGCCUCCCAGGCGUGCCCACCAUGUGGCCCCUGUGGCUCCUUGCAUCCCUGCUGGCGCUAAGCCAGGCCCUGCCGUUCGAGCAGAAGGGCUUCUGGGACUUCACGCUGGACGACGGGCUGCCCAUGCUGAACGAUGAGGAGGCUUCGGGAGCCGAGACGACCUCAGGCGUCCCGGACCUGGACUCCCUCACGCCCACCUUCAGCGCCAUGUGUCCCUUCGGCUGCCACUGCCACCUGCGGGUUGUUCAGUGCUCCGACCUGGGUCAGUCCCGGGCCCGGGGUGGGAUGGGUGCACGGAGGCACAGGCCCAGCCUGAGUGCCCUACCAAGGCGACACGUGUCUGUCCUGUGGGAUGGGCAUGAGAGGGCUCUCGUCCUGGUGAACAACAAGAUCUCCAAGAUCCACGAGAAGGCCUUCAGCCCCCUGCGGAAGCUGCAGAAACUCUACAUCUCCAAGAACCACCUGGUGGAGAUCCCUCCCAACCUGCCCAGCUCCCUGGUGGAGCUCCGAAUCCAUGACAACCGCAUCCGCAAGGUGCCGAAGGGCGUGUUUAGCGGGCUGCGCAACAUGAACUGCAUCGAGAUGGGCGGGAACCCCCUGGAGAACAGUGGCUUUGAACCUGGAGCCUUCGAUGGCCUGAAGCUCAACUACCUGCGCAUCUCUGAGGCCAAGCUCACCGGCAUCCCCAAAGACCUCCCCGAGACCCUGAAUGAACUCCACCUGGACCACAACAAAAUCCAGGCCAUCGAGCUGGAGGAUCUGCUCCGCUACUCUAAGCUGUACAGGUUGGGCCUGGGCCACAACCAGAUCCGCAUGAUCGAGAACGGGAGCCUAAGUUUUCUGCCCACCCUGCGGGAGCUGCACUUGGACAAUAACAAGCUGUCCAGGGUGCCUUCUGGCCUUCCAGACCUCAAGCUCCUCCAGGUGGUCUAUCUGCACACCAACAACAUCACCAAGGUGGGCGUCAACGACUUCUGCCCUGUGGGCUUCGGGGUGAAGCGGGCGUACUACAAUGGCAUCAGCCUCUUCAACAACCCGGUGCCCUACUGGGAGGUGCAGCCGGCCACGUUCCGCUGCGUCACCGACCGCCUGGCCAUCCAGUUUGGCAACUACAAGAAGUAGAGGCAGUGGCAGCCGCUGCGGCAGCCUGGGCGGGCUCUCUGGGGAGCACAGCAGAAGGGAAGGACAGAGCGACGGAGAGAAGCCAGUGCCCAGCUGCACCCAACCCAGCCCUGCCCUUGAUCCCGGACCCCAACUCGCUGCCUCCUGACGCCCUCACCCUCGCUCCCAGGCGUGCAGAUGGCGCCCGAGACCCAGCCCCCAUCACAUGCGCCUCGGCUUCAGCGCUGCCCCUGUCCCCACUUCACAGCCACUCAGAGGCCCCCUCAUAAAGCGUUCUUCCCAUGCAUCCUGAGAUCAAAUAGCCCGAGGCUCCGGUCCGAGGAAGACAGUCCCUGGGUCUAGGGGGUGGGAAAGGGCUACCAGGGAUGGAGACAGCCCGCCCCACCUGCCUGGCACACAUUCCUUCUUCUCAUAUGCUUCCAACUUCCAACCCUCCUUAGCCGGGCUUGCUACCCUUGGCCUUCCAUGGUUCCCCCACCCUUCUGCACGUUCAUGGCCCAUCUAUCUGAGCCUCCUUGCUCUACUGGUCUCUAGACCAGUAUCUUCCUGUCUGUUUCUCUGUCUCUCCCUGUCCCUGUCUCUGUGUCCAUCUGUCUGUGUCAUCCUCCCUGUCCUUGCUGACAUCACUGAACUGGGUCUGGUGCCUGUCUCGCUGGGCUUCUGCCCAGCUCCUACCUAGGCAAGCCAGGGGGCAAAGGGCAGCUGCCUCCAAGCCUGCUCUGCCCCCCCCCAAGUCUGGACAGUCCUGGAGGAGGCCAGCAUGUGGAGGUGAAAAGGCCCAGCAUCCUGCUGGACUCAGCAGCCAAUUUUCCUUGCCCUUCCCUUCCCCCACGAUGGCUAGUUGUCCCCUCCCUUCACUUCUGGCCCCUGGUGCGGUGGGGCUCUGGAGCAAUCACGCCCAGCUUGAGGAGGAGCUGCUUCUGAGGUCCGUUGUUGUCUUUCCAUUAAAGAAACACUGUGCACUA